AUGAAGGCAUUCAGGCUUCUGCUCUUCACAUUCCUGUCCCUUUUCAGCCUUGGACAAGUAUCCAAGCUCGCUGCCCCUAGCGAGAUGCUCGCCAUAUACAACGCAUAUGUUUUGGAUUUUGUCAGGAAUGGAGCACAACGUACCCUAGGACCACAGCUAAGCAAUGAGGCCUUGGUUGACUUUGGGACCUUUACGGCGCACGUCUAG